CAAUAGUAAGUCUCUAUUUCUCUCUAUUUUUAGGAUGUUCUUUCAGUCUGCCACUGAAAUUUCUUGACUUCCAUUGAAGAAGGUGAGUUUUAGAUGCUCACCCUUAAAAUACCGUUUUCAUUGCAUUUUUGCUGAAGUUCUUGCGUUGAGAGAGCCCACCUUUUCUUUUCUUUCUUUUUGUCUUUUUUUUUUUUAACCCUUGCAGUGUCUCGAAUUUCCUCUUGCUGCCACUUGAUUGCACAGCUUGGGGUUGUUUCAGUGAUGGAACUGUAAUGGGUUUCAUCUUUUAGCCCUUAGAAUAGUCUUUAUUUGAGUUUUCCAUUGUUCUUACUUCACUGAAUAACCCAGUUUUCCCGUUUUAGCCCCUUCAGUGUCUCAAAUUUACCUUUUUUGCCACUUGACUGGUGCUUGGGGUUGUUUCGGUAAUGGAACUAAAAUGGGUUUCUGCUUUUCACACCUAUAAAGCUCAAAUUUCACAUGUACUGUCAUUGUUGUUCUUGAUUACACUGUUUUUGUGCGUAUCUCAGGGUUUUGAUCUUGACCCACAAGAGAAAGCAUCAUUGUUGAUGUUUAAGGCUGGGAUUCAGGGUCCAAGCCAGAGAUUGGUUAGCUGGGUAGGGUCUAGCUGCACUAACUGGACUGGCCUCGGUUGUGACAACCAGACUGGCCGAGUUGUGUCCUUAAACUUGACUGACAUGAACUUGUCAGGGCAGGUGCAUCCUGGUUUAUGCAAUCUCUCCUUUCUUGAAUUCUUGGUAUUGUCUAAGAACAACUUCACUGGGGGAUUACUUUCAUGUUUUGGUUCAUUGGGUAGACUUAAGGUUGUGGAUCUUAGUUAUAAUAGAUUUGGUGGUGUUGUGCCUGAUUCAUUCAUCAGACUUGGGAAUUUGAGAGAACUUGUGUUGAGAGGGAAUCAGGAUUUAGGUGGUGCUAUACCUGGAUGGAUUGGUAAUUUUUCGACCAACUUGGAGAAAGUUGAUCUGGGUUUUAAUUCAUUUAGUGGGGAGAUACCUGAAAGUUUGUUUUACUUGAAGUCUUUGAAGUACUUGGAUAUUGAAAACAAUUCAUUGUCGGGCAAUCUUCAUGAGUUUUAUCAGUCUUUGGAGUUUCUCAAUCUUGCUUCAAAUCAGGUUUCUGGAACUUUGCCUUGUUUCUCUGCCCCUGCACGGAGUCUCACAGUUCUGAAUUUGGCUGACAAUGCUAUUGUGGGAGGGAUACCUACUUGUAUUGCAUCAUUGGAAGCUCUGGUGUGCCUUAAUCUGUCACAUAAUCAACUGAGUUAUCAGAUAUCUCCGAGACUUGUGUUCACUGAGAAGCUGACUGUUUUGGACUUGAGUUGCAAUAGUUUGUCAGGUCCCCUUCCAAGCAAAAUUGCCGAGACAACAGAGAAAUCUGACCUUGUUCUUCUUGACCUUUCACACAAUCAGUUUUCCGGUAAUAUCCCAUUGAAGAUCACUGAGCUGAAAAGCUUGCAAGUGUUGUUUCUUUCUCAUAAUCUUCUUAGAGGGGAAAUUCCAGCGAGGAUUGGAAAUUUGACAUGUCUCCAGGUGAUUGAUCUCUCUCACAACUCUUUGUCAGGAUCAAUUCCAUUAGAUGUUGUUGGGUGUUAUCAGUUACUGGCAUUUAUACUCAAUAACAACAAUCUUUCUGGUGAAAUUCAACCGGAGCUUGAUGCACUGGAUAGCUUGAAGAUGUUGGAUAUAAGCAACAACAAAAUUUCAGGUGAGAUCCCUUUAACUCUGGCGGGGUUAAAAUCACUGGAGAUAGUAGAUUUUAGCUUCAAUAAUCUCUCUGGAAGUUUGAAUGAUGCAAUAACCAAAUGGUCAAAUCUAAAGUAUCUCUCCCUGGCUCAUAAUAAAUUCAGUGGGAAUUUACCAAGCUGGCUGUUCACUUUUGGAGCAAUCAAGAUGAUAAACUUCUCAGGAAACAGAUUCUCGGGCAUCAUCCCAGAUGGCAACCUCAACACCAGUUUUCAUUUCAACAAUGGGAAUGAUGAGAAGGUACCUAAAGAGCAAUUUAUUGCAAUGAGAGAUGCAGAUAUUGAAGUUUCUGUUACAGUCAUUAAAAGCAAUGAACUUAACUUCAUUUAUGAGCUAUCGUCAGUGACUGGAAUCGAUUUGUCUAACAACAUGCUAAGGGGGGAGAUUCCACAUGGCAUAUUUGGGCUCCAAGGUUUGGAGUACCUGAAUUUAUCAUAUAAUUUUCUGGGUGGUCAGCUUCCAAGUUUAGAGAAGAUGCGGAGCUUAAGGGCCUUGGAUUUGUCAAAUAAUUCUUUAUCAGGUGAGGUACCUGGAAACAUAUCCACCCUCAAAGAUUUGAUACUCUUGAAUCUGUCAUAUAACUGUUUCUCUGGAUUUCUUCCCGACCAACAAGGCUAUAAAAGAUUCCCAGGGGCAUUUGCUGGAAACCCAGAUCUAUGUGUGGGUUCCCCUGCUGAAGGGUGUAAUGCAGCAGGUCUUCCAGCAGUGCCUAAGAAGCCGUUUGAAGAAGUGGAAGGACCAAUCUCUGUAUGGAUCUUCUGUGUAAGUGCUUUUGUCAGCUUCUACUUUGGCAUGGUGUCUCUCUUUUGUUCUAACCGAGCAAGGCGGUACAUCCUCCAGACAAAAGUUUGAUGUUGCACAUGCAAGAACAGAGACUCCAUUUGUACAAUCACAUCUCUCUGUAUUUCAGUUUUGGCCUGUUGCCUUGCUGAGAUGAAAUGGAUUCUGAAUUACUGAAAGGCCAAGAAGGUAUGACUAUGCUAAGAUCAUAUUACCUCAUCCACUGAUUCAAUAUCUAACCCUUGUAGACGUGACAAUGUUUUUAUUUUCAGUUAUUCAAUUUAGAUGGCUUGAUUUGAAUGAUUAGGUUAGAAUUUGUUCUUGUGCAUAAUUGUGAAAGCUUUUGGUGAAUGAGAGAAAGCCCAAAGUGCCAUUUUAUGAUGCUUUUUAUCAUAGUAUCAGAGCGUUCAUACUGUGCUGGUUGACUCUUGUAAUAUGAUAUUGCCAACUUACAAUCAAUUUGCUUGUCUGAU